AUGGCGAUCCUAGCGCCGCGUCCCCCGCUCCUCGUCCUCCGCGGAGGAGCCUUCCUUCUCGCGGCGUUGCUGCUGCUGCUGUCGUCCGCGCACCUCCCCCUCCGCGCGCGGGCGCAGCAGGCGUGCUCCGCCACGGUGCUUUGCCCCAACAACCUCUGCUGCAGCCAGUGGGGCUUCUGCGGCUCCACCGUCGAUUACUGCAACGCUAACUGCCUCUCCCAGUGCUCCCCGCCUCCCGUAACCGCCUCCCCUCCGCCCCCGGCCGCCUCCCCUCCGCCCCCGACCCCCUCUCCUCCGCCCCCUACGGUGCCGCUGAAGCGCAUGGCGUAUUUCGUCAACUGGGCGAACAUGGACCCAUCUCUCAUCCCUGCUACCAGCCUCACGCAUGUCUUCUACGCCUUUGCUUCCAUCAACCCCACCACUUACAAGGUCCUCCCCAACACAGCAGUGGACGUCACUGGGGGGCUCUAUCAGCGCUUCAACACUACUCUUAAGACUGUCAACCCUGCCAUUAAAACCCUCCUCUCCAUUGGGGGCGCCUCGGCUAACACCACCGUUUUCGGCAACGCCGCCUCCUCUGCCGCCACCCGCUCUGCUUUCAUCCAAUCCGCGAUCGCCCUCGCCCGCACGUACUUCUUCGACGGUCUGGAUAUCGACUGGGAGUACCCGAUUGGCAAGGCCGCCCUUUUCUCGGCACUGGUCACGGAUUUCCGGGCGGCGAUCGAAUCCGAAGCCGCUUCGUCUGGGAAACCCAAGCUCCUGCUUACUGCGGCGGUUGCUCCCGAUGAGGCGAGAAUCAUUCAAUCGUACAAUGUGACGACGGUUAACAAGAUGCUGGACUUUGUUAAUGUUAUGACUUACGAUUUGCACGGGUCGUGGGAGGCAAAGACCGGCAUGCACACUGCUCUGCAGGACCUGAGCUCGAAGCUGAGCGUCAAUGCUUCCAUGGAUGCCUGGGUGUCUCGAGGCUUGGCCCGAAGCAAGGCCAUGGUAGGCUUGGCGAUGUACGGCCGAACCUGGACUUUAAGCUCGACAAGCACUGGGGUUGGAGCUUCGGCCAGUGGGGCUGGUCUGAAAGGGUCCAUCAGUCAGGAUGCCGGUAUCCUUUUCUACAAGGAGAUCGAUCAGCUGGUAACCACUGGUGGUUACACAGCUACAUCCCACACCCCAUCCUCAUGCAUGUAUGCGUGGAAGGGUAACCAGUGGGUUUGUUAUGACAACCCUUCCACCAUCGCCAAGAAGGUCCAGUUUGCCAAGACGCAAGGCUAUGGAGGGUGGUUCGUCUGGGCACUGAGCCAGGAUGUUAACAAUGCUCUGCUCAAUGCUGCAAUAGCUGCAUGA